AUGACAGAACCAAUUCCAACAUCGGAAAAAUCAAAGAAAAUUAAUGCAAUCAAUAAACAAGCAAUUCAUCAAAUUUGUUCUGGUCAGGUGGUUCUUGAUCUUUCAACUGCUGUGAAGGAACUUGUAGAAAAUAGUUUAGAUAGUGGUGCUACAUUAAUUAAUAUUAAAUUGAAAGAUUAUGGAAGGACAUGUAUCAAUGUCAGUGAUAAUGGAAAUGGUGUUUUAGAACAAGAUUUUGAAGGAUUAGGAUUGAAGCAUCAUACUUCUAAACUUAGAGAAUUCUCAGACUUAACAGAAGUGAGCACUUUUGGUUUUCGUGGAGAAGCUCUUAGUUCCCUUUGCUCUUUAGCUGAAUUAAGUAUUACUACAAGACAUGCUACAAGUGAACAUGGUUUCAAAUUAGAAUUUGAUCAUAAUGGUGUACUACAAAAAAAAGAACCGUAUGCAAGAGAAAUAGGAACAACUGUAUAUGUAAAAGAUAUAUUUAAGUAUCUUCCUGUCAGAGCAAAAGAACUUCAAAGUAAUCUAAAAAAGGAAUAUGCUCGUGUUAUUCAAGUACUAUACAGUUAUUGUUUAGUAUCUACUAAUACAAAAAUAACAUGUUCUAAUUCACUACCAGGCAAAUCUCCUAAUGUUGUAGUCAAUACUGCAAGUUCAAGUAAUAUUUUAAACAAUAUUAGUAUAGUAUUUGGCAAAAAGUCAUUGAAUGGACUUGUCAAUCUUGAAUUAUUACCUCCUGAUGAAGUAACAUUAGAAGAAUACAAUUUACCAAAAAAUGCAGUUGUAGAUUUUGAAUGGGACUGCUAUAUUAGCAGUUGUGAUCAUGACAUUGGACGUUCUACUUCUGAUAGACAAUUUUUUUAUGUAAAUGGUCGACCAUGUGAUCCGUCAAAUGUCAGCAAAUUAAUAAACCAUGUGUAUCACAAAUAUAAUAAUAAACAAUAUCCGUUUAUUUAUUUAAAUUUAAUGUUAAAUAAACAGUCAACGGAUAUUAAUGUAACUCCAAAUAAAAGAAUUAUCUUCUGUACACAAGAACAUUUAAUAUUAGCAACUCUAAAAUUUAGUUUAAUAUCUAAGUGGGAUAAAUUACAGGCAAAUUUCACUGUGAAAUCUGUACCUGAACAAAAUUUUGGACUAAAAAGACUAAUUUCACCUACAAAUAACGAUCGUCCAACAAAAAGGUUCCAUAGUUUACAAGCUUCAAAUAUAGAAUGUAUAGAAAAAAGAGAUAUACAAUAUGAUGAUAAAGAUAAAAUUUUUAAGUGUGAUAAUGAUAAUGUACAAAAUAAUGUAACACAACAGACAAAAAUAUUAGAUAGUGCAGAAAUGUCAAUUAGUAUUUCAGCAAUAAGACAAAAACUUCAAGAAAAACGGAAUACUUUACCCAAUUGUGAGAUUCCCAGUACAAAAAUUAAAUUUAAAGUACAAAUGGAAUCAAGUCAAAAUUCUAAUGCUGAAAAUGAACUGAAGAAACAAUUAACAAAAGACUCUUUUCUCAAGAUGGAGAUUAUAGGACAAUUCAAUCUUGGUUUUAUAAUAACUCGUUUGCAAGAAGAUCUCUUCAUCAUUGAUCAACAUGCUAGUGAUGAAAAAUAUCGUUUUGAAAAACUUAAUAACGAAACGCAAUUGAAAACCCAAAAAUUAAUUAUUCCCAAACCUUUAAAUAUUUCUUCUCUUAAUGAAACAAUAUUAAUUGAAAAUCAAAAAACAUUUGAAGACAAUGGAUUUUUUUUCAAAAUAAAUUCUGAAGCUGAAUCUGGACUUCGUGUAGAACUUACAAGUAUACCAGUUAGUGGAUACUGGCAAUUUGGUCUAGAGGAUAUAGAAGAAUUGAUUUUUCUCAUCAAAGAAGGUGGUAUAGAAAAUAAAGAAAAUAAUGUAUUUCGUCCAAGUCGAGUAAGACAAAUGUUAGCAUCGAGAGCUUGUCGCAGUGCAGUUAUGAUUGGUACAGCGCUUAAUAAUAAUGACAUGCAAAAAUUAAUUACACAAAUGGCACAAAUGAAAAAUCCUUGGAAUUGUCCCCAUGGUAGACCAACAAUGAGACAUCUUUUAUCAUUAAAUCUUAUACAUAAUUAA